AUCGAAUCGAAGAAGACCCAACAACAACAUAGAGUUUGAGUGCAAAACCAGAUCUUUCUUUCCUUGUCCUUCUCCAGAUCUUCUUCCCACAUAUCAAAGGAAGUGAUGUUUUCUCUUAUGCAUGGAUUGUGGACCUACAUGUUCAGCAAGACUGAGUUCCAUGUCCUCAUUCUUGGCAUCGACAAAGCUGGCAAGACGACCUUUUUGGAGAAGCUGAAGACCAUAUACUCAAUCUCAGAAGGUCUUCCACAUGAUCGAAUUGUUCCUACUGUUGGCCUUAAUAUCGGUCGUAUUGAAGUCGCCAAUGCUAAAAUCGUCUUCUGGGACCUUGGAGGUCAGCCUGGUUUGCGUUCGAUUUGGGAGAAGUAUUAUGAAGAAGCACACGCAUUGAUAUAUUUGAUCGACGCAGCUUGCCCAUCCCGCUUUGAAGACUCAAAAUCUGCCCUAGAGAAAGCCCUGCGGCAUGAGGAUUUGCAAGGAGCACCUCUUUUGAUAUUGGCAAACAAGCAAGAUCUUCCAAAUGCUGUCUCGGCUGAGGAACUAGACCGAUACCUGGAUCUAAAGAAACUAGACGAAAGGGUGUACAUGUUUGAAGCAGCUUCUGGAUAUGAUGGGCGAGGAAUCAAAGAGAGUAUAGAAUGGCUUGUCGGAGUGAUGGAGAGAAGCAAAAGAACCGAAACAUUAAGAGCCCGUGCAGGAUAUGUUCCUGUCCCAACUUCCUAGACUUGAAAGGAGCUCACAAACUCAAUUCUCAAACCAACUGUUUUCUGUGAGAACAUUUGUAGAUAAAAAGACCCGAGUCUUGCAUUGUUUUGUGUUAGCAUCAGAGAUCACAUGAUAAGUAGGGCUAGUAGUAUCCUUUUUAUAUUUGUCUUUACAUCCUUUCUAAUGCGGUGAUUCAGAUUGAGACUACUACCAAGUUGUACUGCAACAAUAACGUAAUCAAGUUUCUUGAAAAAAAAGAACAGAGAGAGUACAUCAGUUUAUCUCUCCUGUAGCUUACAAGACAGGAAAGAAGCAUUAGAACUAAGAAGCAAUCCCGAGGCAUCACUUUCCGCUUGUUCCUGAAUCAAGAAGUGACAGAGCAAGAUUUGAGGCUAAAGGUUUCAGAAAGCAAUCAAGAACCGAAAAGAGAAAGAGCUUAUACCGGAAAAGAGAGGCUUGGGUCUGGUCUUAAACAAGAUCUUUGAUCUUAUAAUCCCGACAACUUCCAGUUCCGUUUCUUUCUGAGACGAACCAUCCGUACACUUUUGAAGCUUCUUCAAAACCAACAAUGGCUUCUUCAGAGUCACCUUAGAGCCCGUGAGUUCAUGGUAACCCACCGUGAACGUGUACUGCAACCGUCGACGAGAUCAUCAAAUCUCCGAUUGAAAAGAAGAGGAACUUAAAUCAAAAGAAAAAACCUGGGAAGAAUCUGAGUGACAGAGACGACCGAUCUCGAGACUCUGAACAGAACCUUGGAACGAAGAUUGAGUCUCGACGACGCCUUGGAGUUCUACGAUCGUCCACUCGCUACACUCGUCUUCUCCACACCCACACUUCACUCGAAUCUCCAUCUUCUUCUUUUCCUCUCUCUCUAGUCUCUUCUUCUCAUCCGUAUAUUACUUUUUACAUGUACUGUAUGUUGUGCAUACAUUUUUGGCGGCAAAAGACAAUAUCUUUUUGGCGGGCUUCUUUAUCCAUUUCAGAUAUCCUAUUAUGAUGAUUUCUCCACUGAAGCUAUAUAUGAUUUGAUUGUACACCUCUUUGAUAUAUCAUU